AUGACCAAAUUUUAUCUUCAAUACAAGAACAACUCUCCAGUGCUUAUCGAUACAGCUCACGGAAGAGUACCACAAGGAACUCUACCUCUGAUUACUGUUUCUCAUUUGAUUUCAGCUUACAAGACUGCUGCCACUCCCCUCCUUGACGCUAUUUCUGUUGACGAACUCACUCUUCAUUUUGAGGUGUAUGGUCCAGCCAUUGCUCGAUAUGGGUUUCUGACCUCUAUCCAAUAUCCUUUUGGUUGUUACGACAGUCCACUGACUAUUAAAUCCAAGAAUGAUGUGAAUGUUGACCGUCCCUAUCAAAGAUACUGUACAGAGUCGAGCUGA